UAGAAACUUCCUACUACAACCCACUAAUCCUGAAACCAUGAGCUGCUACUAUUAUGGAAACUCCUACGGAGACUGUGGCUAUGUCCCCAGUUAUGGCUGUGGAUAUGGCCCUGGCUAUGGCUAUGGCUAUGGCUAUGGAUGCAAGAGCUACAGAGGACUGAACUGUGGCUAUGGUUCCAGAUAUGGCUGUGGCUAUGGUUGUGGAUUUGGAUCCAGAUAUGGCUGUGGAUAUGGUUCCGGCUAUGGCUAUGGUCCAAUUUGCUACAGAAGAUGUUAUUUCUCUUGCUUCUAGAACAAGCACAACCUUUCUCCCUGAAGCAAUUCUUCCAAGAUCAAAUCUACUUCAAGGUCUUCAUCUGAAAGGCUACGUUCAGCUUAGAACAAGGUCACCUCCUACUUGAAACCACUUAGGCUUAAUAGAGCCUGAGUGAGCAGUAGUUCCAUAAUGAGCUGAAAAUUAAAGGUCUGCCUUGGAUUAUUUUUCAAAAGAAACUAUAACCUCUUCAUAUUUUCUGAUUCUGUAUUAUGAAUUCUAUCUGGUUGGAGAAAAUCACGUCUCCACCCCAAUAAAUAUGCUUCUUUGGAUCUAA